AGCCAGGGAAGAGGCAAAGUUUCCCUUCCCGGGCGCGAAGAAGGGAGGGAAGGCGGGGUAGCGCGGGGCUGCGGGAGGCCGGUCGCGGAGCUGCGUGGCGCGGUGGCGGCGGCGGCGUCGCCAGCGUGCUCCUCCGUGCGCCCGGGCGCGGCUGGCGCUCCUGCAGAGGGAGCUGUGCGCCCUCUCCGGCGCCCGCGCGGCGACUCCGCUCCCUCUUGCCGCCGCUUGGGCCCGCCCGCCGGGGAGGGGCUCCCGGCCUCGCACAGCGUCUUCCUGCUUGGCGCACAGCUCCACGGUGAGUCCGCCCAUGCACGCCGGCCGGCCGGCUGUCCGCCUGUUCACCCGCUGGCACGCCGCCCUCCGCCGCAGUCCGCGCCCAGCCUCGUCAGCACUGCCCCUAGUCAGCCCGCGCUCUGCUCCGGCCAUGCUGUCCUUCCAGUACCCCGACGUGUACCGCGACGAGACCUCCGUGCAGGAUUAUCAUGGACAUAAAAUUUGUGACCCGUAUGCUUGGCUUGAAGACCCAGACAGUGAGCAGACAAAGGCUUUCGUGGAGGCUCAGAACAAGAUUACAGUGCCAUUUCUUGAGCAGUGUCCAAUCAGAGGAUUAUACAAGGAGAGAAUGACUGAGCUCUACGACUAUCCCAAGUAUAGCUGCCACUUCAAGAAAGGGAAGCGGUACUUUUAUUUUUACAAUACAGGUCUGCAGAACCAACGUGUAUUGUAUGUGCAAGACUCCUUAGAGGGGGAGGCCAGAGUGUUCCUGGACCCCAACACACUGUCGGAUGAUGGCACAGUAGCACUCAGAGGUUAUGCGUUCAGUGAAGAUGGCGAAUACUUUGCCUAUGGUCUGAGUGCCAGCGGCUCAGACUGGGUGACGAUCAAGUUCAUGAAGGUUGAUGGUGCCAAAGAGCUUCCGGAUGUGCUGGAGAGAGUCAAGUUCACCUGUAUGGCCUGGACCCAUGACGGGAAGGGAAUGUUCUAUAACUCAUACCCGCAGCAGGAUGGGAAGAGCGAUGGCACGGAGACAUCCACCAAUCUCCACCAAAAGCUCUGCUACCACGUCUUGGGGACGGAUCAGUCAGAAGAUAUUUUGUGUGCGGAGUUCCCCGAUGAGCCUAAAUGGAUGGGUGGAGCUGAGCUGUCUGACGAUGGUCGGUACGUCUUACUAUCCAUCUGGGAGGGAUGUGAUCCUGUAAAUCGACUGUGGUACUGUGACCUCCAGCAGGAAUCCAAUGGUAUCACUGGAAUCCUGAAGUGGGUAAAACUGAUAGACAACUUUGAAGGAGAAUAUGACUACGUCACCAACGAGGGCACGGUGUUCACAUUCAAGACGAAUCGCAAUUCUCCCAACUAUCGGCUGAUCAACAUCGACUUCACGGACCCCGACGAGUCCAAGUGGAAAGUGCUCGUUCCGGAGCACGAGAAAGAUGUCUUAGAAUGGGUGGCUUGUGUCCGAUCCAACUUCCUGGUCUUGUGCUACCUCCAUGACGUGAAGAACAUCCUGCAGCUUCAUGACCUGACCACUGGUGCUCUCCUCAAGAUCUUCCCCCUGGACGUGGGCAGUGUGGUGGGGUACAGUGGGCGCAAGAAGGACUCCGAGAUCUUCUACCAGUUCACAUCCUUCCUGUCUCCAGGUGUCAUUUACCACUGUGACCUUACCAAAGAGGAGCUGGAACCCAUGGUUUUCCGAGAGGUGACGGUGAAGGGAAUCGAUGCUUCCGAUUACCAGACAAUCCAGGUUUUCUACCCUAGCAAGGAUGGUACAAAGAUUCCGAUGUUUAUUGUGCAUAAAAAAGGCAUAAAGCUGGAUGGCUCACACCCUGCCUUCCUGUAUGGCUACGGGGGCUUCAACAUCUCCAUCACACCCAACUACAGCGUGUCCAGGCUCAUUUUUGUGAGACAUAUGGGCGGUGUCCUGGCGGUGGCUAACAUCAGAGGCGGUGGUGAAUACGGAGAGACGUGGCAUAAAGGUGGUAUCUUGGCCAACAAGCAGAACUGCUUCGAUGACUUCCAGUGUGCUGCGGAGUACCUCAUCAAGGAGGGUUACACAUCCCCCAAGAGGCUCACAAUCAACGGAGGCUCCAACGGCGGCCUCUUAGUGGCUGCUUGCGCAAAUCAGCGUCCAGACCUCUUUGGCUGUGUUAUUGCCCAAGUUGGAGUGAUGGACAUGUUGAAGUUCCACAAAUUUACUAUUGGUCAUGCCUGGACCACGGAUUACGGGUGCUCCGACAGUAAACAACACUUUGAAUGGCUUCUCAAAUACUCACCACUGCACAACGUGAAGCUUCCGGAGGCAGAUGAUAUCCAGUACCCGUCCAUGCUUCUCCUCACGGCAGACCACGACGACCGCGUGGUGCCGCUGCACUCGCUCAAGUUCAUCGCCACGCUUCAGUACAUCGUGGGCCGCAGCCGGAAGCAGAGCAACCCCCUGCUCAUCCACGUGGACACCAAGGCUGGCCACGGGGCCGGGAAACCCACUGCCAAAGUGAUAGAGGAGGUCUCGGAUAUGUUUGCGUUCAUAGCACGGUGCCUGAACAUCGAGUGGAUCCAGUAAAUGGGACUGCCAGCUCCUCCCACCAGACACAGAAAACCUCAAGGGCUUUCACACCAUCCUGACCAAGAAACCACUGGGCAGAACGCUGCCCCACGUGAGCACUGUGCCUCCGCUCACAGACAGCAAGCUGCUGAGCAGAACUGCCACGGGAAUUUUAUCUUUUCUAGGCUUCUCCUUUCUAGCGAGCCCUUGAUGGUUUGGUUUUGUUUUGUUUUGUUUUGUUUUCUCCACUCUCUCCAGGCACAUAUAUUAAAAGUGGGGGGAAAAGGGGGCAUGUUUGUAUAAGAAACUAAAUGGCAGUGAACAUGUUGUGAAUAUUAAACCCCUGAAUUCGUAAGGGAUCUAAGUAAGGGUCCCAGUUGGGCAUUCCCAUAUAUAAUAGUUCAAUGAAGUUACUUCUCUAACCAUAGCAUAUAACCUUAAAUAAAUGGGAGACCUCGAGGGGGACUCCACUGCAAUACUAAUAAAUGCUAUUUAAGAGUGGGAGGCUUUAGUUUUGGUUCCUUUGAGAGGCAGCCCUCAAAAUUCAGAUGACUAUCAGAAUAAAGAAUGUAGUCUUUAUGCAG